AUGAAUCCUUACAAUCAGCGACUGGACGACCUCUUCGACGGUGAUCCUAACAUCUUGCCAGGAUACCAUCAGGACUAUCGAGAAGGCAUUUACGGCUCGAAUAGAUUCGCCAGCGUGGGCUUCACUGUACCGCUGAUAUUUUGUUUCAUACCCAUCGCCUACCACAUAUUCUUCCUCCUCGAUUACGACCUUUUGCCUCUCCCAGAGCUCCUCUGGAACGUCCUAGUCUACCUCACACCUCCGCGAUUACUCGAUGCAAUCGAGACCUACACAAACCCUCUCCGCAUCGCGAACCCCGCCUUGAAAGGCAUCCCUCGAACUCAUGCGGCGAAGAGCGAAACCAUGCGGCGGCUACUCGGCUUGGACAAACCGGGAGGAAUUAUAGGAUCCGUUGCGCAAGCCGGGCGGAGGAGAAUCUCGACUCUUCCCGGCAUAAAUAUGACUGUGCAAACAGCAGAAGGGCGACCUGCGGGGUUGGGAAAUUGGGAUAAUUCUUGCUAUCAGAACAGCGUUCUCCAAGGGCUGGCGUCGCUGGAUUCUCUAUCAGGAUAUCUCACGAACCCGAAGAUCGAAGAGGAAUUGGUGGAGGGGGUUUUGAAACCUGAGAUGAAGAUGGCGGAGGCGUUGAAAGGGCUGAUUGCGACGCUGAAUGAUCCGGCGAAUAAUGGGAAGAGGAUUUGGACUCCCGCGACGUUGAAGAAUAUGAGUAGUUGGCAGCAGCAAGAUGCGCAGGAAUACUUCUCAAAGGUCUUGGAUGAGAUAGAUAAGGAGGUGGGGAAAGUUGCAAAGUUGAUACAAACGUCACAAGGCUUUGAGUCUGACGACUCUUUGGACUCAAAAUCGACAAACUCGGAGGUGCUGCCAAUAUCAACCUUCCGAAAUCCGCUAGAGGGGUUGAUCGCCCAACGAGUUGGGUGCACGCAAUGUGGAUACUCAGAAGGACUUUCGAUGAUACCUUUCAACUGCUUGACAGUACCCUUAGGAAAAAAUUGGGGGUACGAUGUGCUGGAAUGUUUCGAUGAGUAUACAAAGCUGGAGAAGAUCGAAGGCGUUGAAUGUGGAAAAUGCACCCUUCUGAAGUUCCAAAGACAGCUUUCUGCCGUCUUCGAUCGAACCAAGGAUACGGCCAGCGACUCACCAGUUCACCAACAGUGCAGGGAAAGACUUGAGGCUGUCAAUGAAGCGUUAGAAGAAGACGACUAUGAGGACAAGACACUUAAUCAGAAAUGCAAAAUCUCUCCAAAGAACCGAGUAUCAUCCACCAAGACUCGACAAGCUGUCAUAGCAAGACCUCCAAAAUCACUGGUCAUUCACGUUAACCGAAGUUUGUUUGAUGAACUCACGGGCGAGUUGAAAAAGAACUACUCCCAAGUUCGCUUCCCCAAGAAUUUAGAUCUCGGAUCAUGGUGUCUCGGCAGCUCUGGAGCCAGCGAAGAGGCCUCCACGGAGGAGUGGCUUUUAGAUCCUGAACAGGCGAUGGUUGCAAGCAGCCGCCACCCUUCCAGGUUACGUGGACCGAUAUAUGAGCUUCGAGCUGUGGUCACACAUUAUGGAAGACAUGAGAACGGCCAUUACAUCUGCUACAAGAAGCAUCCGGGAUUCGAGUCUCAGAAAGAGCAGUGGUGGCGACUGAGUGAUGACGAUGUCACGAAAGUCACUGAGGAAGCUGUUCUUAGUCAGGGAGGGGCGUUCAUGUUAUUCUACGAUUGUGUUGAACCUGCAGGCCCAGCAACAUUGAACCCCGUGUCGGAUCAAGGAGAGAUGUUAGCUGUAGCAGCAAACAUCCCUCUCCCCACCUUCGACGAUGACGAUCUCUCGGAAAGCGAAUACCUGGAAUCGGGUCUCACGACACGAGAAGAAAGCAUUGCAACAUCUAUCUCAGAUUAUGAUUCUGAAGAGACAGGACAGGGGAACGAAGAAGUGUACGAGCCUGCAAAGGCGAUCGUUGUCCCGCCUUAUAUUCAGCAGACGGGUGGGCUCAGUAGUGAAGGGGCGGCGAAGGAGAAUAUUAGUCCUUCUGGGAGUCUUGUUAUGGUUUGAAUUUGAGGCCUAAUGGUAAAAUGGGCUUGUUGGGGCUGGGUAGGUCUUGGUUCUUGCAUAGCGUGGCGUUCCUGGGAUUUGGUUAGCAUGUUGCCUCGAGAUAGGCACGAACUUUUGGUUGCUUGUAGAAAGUAGAGUGGAUCCAUCGAUCGAUGAUCUAACAGGCAAGGCAAGCAUCCAGAAAGCCUUUCACUCCUUCGUCUCGGGCUUGAUUCUCACAGACCAUUCUCUUUUGUCACACAAACAACAAUAAGUCCUACGACGCCCACAAUUGCAUUUCAAACCCUUUCUCUUGAUCUUCCCAACCCUGUUACAACCCCUCACACCACCCCUCUCCCCCCAUACCCAUCCAACUCCUCCACCCUCCCCUCGCCCCUCAUCUCCGCGAUGUUCUCUCUCUCUCCGCCCCCCUUCUCCACCAUCCCACCAUUCCCGUUUUCCCCAGGCGUGAAAUACCCCCUGACCCCUCUGUACCCU